AUGAAUUUCGACUCCGAGCAACUCGAAGCCGCCAAGGCUGUAUCCGAAGCCCUAGACUCCCUCAACAUCCAACACGCCUUCAUCGGCGCCUUCGCAUCACGCCUCAUGGGUCACGAUCGCACCUGCAACCGCGUCGACGUCGGCAUCGACAUCUCCACAUACACCGCAGUGGAAGUCUCGAAACGGUUAAACAAACACGGGGACCUGAAGAGGGCGCGCGGCCAGUUGCUGUACCUUCCCGAGGACUGGGAAGAGGAGAGUCAAGUUCCGAUCGAGAUAACUCCGUUAUGGCCUCUUGUCGAUUCUCGUACGCCUCGCGUUAUCGAGGUUCGGGGUGUCACUGUCCUGCAUCCGGCUAUACAUGUCCUAAUGGAUGUCAACCUCUGCGUUCAGUACAUCGGUAGUACGAGUCCUUUAUCGAUUUACAGGCUCCACCAAGGCCUCUCGGAUACCGAGUUUCAGUUACAGUGGCUUAAACAGCAUAACGAGAAGAUCGACUUUUCUGGCUAUCAGUCUGAUCGCGAUACUGUGAAGGAUCUCGUCGACCACUGGCGAACGAAAAACCGGCGGGAUUUGGUGGAUCUAUUGGAUUCGGUUCUACAGCCAGAGGAUAGCGAGAGGAUUAUGCAGGUCUAA